GCAGCACAGUAUCAUCGCAGUAGCCGUAAGGUGCGCGGCAGACGUCGUGAGCCGGUCAGGGGCAGACGCUCAAUCGCAGUUCUCGAUCUCCUUCAUUCUCGAACCGCUCGCCCUUCCAGCACCAACAUGCGUGAAAUCGUGCACCUGCAAGCCGGACAGUGCGGAAACCAGAUUGGAGCCAAGUUCUGGGAGGUAAUCAGUGAUGAGCAUGGCAUUGACCCCACAGGGACGUACCAUGGUGACAGUGAUCUGCAGCUAGACAGGAUUAGUGUGUAUUACAAUGAGGCCACUGGUGGUAAGUUUGUCCCCCGUGCCAUCCUGGUGGACCUUGAGCCUGGUACCAUGGAUUCAGUCCGCUCUGGACCCUUCGGACAGAUCUUCAGACCCGAUAACUUUGUAUUUGGGCAGAGCGGUGCCGGGAACAACUGGGCGAAGGGCCACUACACGGAGGGGGCGGAGCUUGUGGACUCGGUGCUGGACGUGGUGAGGAAGGAGGCUGAGAGCUGUGACUGCCUGCAGGGCUUCCAGCUGACCCACUCCCUGGGCGGGGGAACGGGCUCGGGCAUGGGCACCCUGCUCAUCAGCAAGAUCCGGGAGGAGUACCCCGACCGCAUCAUGAACACCUUCAGCGUGGUGCCCUCCCCGAAGGUGUCGGACACGGUGGUGGAGCCCUACAACGCCACGCUGUCCGUGCACCAGCUGGUGGAGAACACGGACGAGACCUACUGCAUCGACAACGAGGCGCUUUACGACAUCUGCUUCCGCACGCUCAAGCUGACCACGCCCACCUACGGCGACCUCAACCACCUGGUGUCCGCCACCAUGAGCGGGGUGACCACUUGCCUGCGCUUCCCUGGCCAGCUCAACGCCGACCUGCGCAAACUGGCCGUGAACAUGGUGCCCUUCCCCCGCCUGCACUUCUUCAUGCCGGGCUUUGCCCCCCUCACCAGCAGGGGGAGCCAGCAGUACCGUGCGCUCUCCGUGCCUGAGCUCACCCAGCAGAUGUUCGACGCCAAGAACAUGAUGGCCGCCUGCGACCCGCGCCACGGCCGCUACCUGACGGUGGCCGCAGUAUUCCGCGGGCGCAUGUCCAUGAAGGAGGUGGACGAGCAGAUGCUGAAUGUCCAGAACAAGAACAGCAGCUAUUUCGUGGAGUGGAUCCCCAACAACGUCAAGACCGCCGUCUGCGACAUCCCGCCCCGCGGCCUCAAGAUGGCCGCCACCUUCAUCGGCAACAGCACCGCCAUCCAGGAGCUGUUCAAGCGCAUCUCCGAGCAGUUCACCGCCAUGUUCCGCCGCAAGGCCUUCCUCCACUGGUACACCGGAGAGGGCAUGGAUGAGAUGGAGUUCACCGAGGCCGAGAGCAACAUGAAUGACCUGGUGUCUGAGUACCAGCAGUACCAGGACGCCACUGCCGAGGAGGGCGAAUUCGAGGAGGAGGGCGAAGAGGAAGUUGCCUAAAUCCUGCUCCACAAGCACAAACCCCCUAAUGCUUCUUCUCUUUUCUUCCCCUCAUCUUUUCCCCAUCCCUCCAUCAUGCCUCCAACUCAACAUUCUUCUUCCUCACCGCAGUAGUUCUUAAGUAGAACAGACAUUUGUUCUUCUUCAUCUUCAUCCCCUCAUAGUAACAGAAGAUUUGACAUUGGUAUUGGUGAUCUGUUCAUUAGUUGUGUUUGUACUGUAUUUCAUGAAUGUGUCAUGCCUCAAAACAUUGAGCAGUAAACAACUCCUCCUCUGAAGAAUUGAAAAGAUGUCAGUUGUUCGGCUUCGAUUGAAUAAAGACAUGAAAAGUCCCGACUAA